AUGGCGUCCACACCCACCCGCCGAGGCCUCUCGCUUGUCCUCUCCGCCUCGCUCGCACAGCGGACUCCGGCCCGGACAUUCGCCUCGUCCGCCCUCCGCGCCGCAUACGCGAGCGCGCCAAAAGCUGCAACUGCUUCGACCACAGCAGCGAAGCCUACAACGACAACGACCACCUCCGCCACAGCAGCAAGGCCAGCAACAGCCUCAUACCCAGCCGCGGCCCCCCAACGCACCGUAGUCCCCUCGUUCCCCGCCAAAGAGCCCCCCGUGCCCACAACCCGCACCGCCUCAGCCGACUACCAGGCCACACACGCACAAUCCAAGCGCUCGCUGACCGAGGGCCUCAGCGAUGCGCCGGCCGAGCUCGAAGGCGUGCCGGCUAUUGACUGGACGCGCUCGUACCACGGCCUGGGCAGCGUGUCCUUUACCCCCGAGCAAGGCGAGACUCUGCUCGCGCCCCUCGCCCACGAUGACGUUGAGGUAAAGCCCGACGGCAUCAUCUAUCUGCCCGAGAUCAAGUACAGGCGGAUACUGAACCGCGCCUUUGGGCCUGGAGGGUGGGGGUUGGCGCCCAGAGGCGAGAGCAUCGUGACGGCGAAGCUGGUGACGCGCGAGUACGGACUGGUUGUGCAGGGGCGACUAGUAUCCAUCGCACGCGGCGAGCAGCAGUACUUCGACCCCGAAGGCAUCCCCACGGCGACCGAGGGCUGCAAGUCCAACUCCCUGAUGCGCUGCUGCAAGGACCUGGGCAUUGCGAGCGAGCUGUGGGACCCGAGGUUCAUCCGCGAGUUCACCAACAAGAUGACAAAGGAGGUGUGGGUCGAGCACACGCUCACCAAGAAGAAGCGGAAGAUUGUGCUGCGCAAGGACGAUUCGGCCAGGUAUCCCUACAAGGAGGUCAAGGCGGGUAUGUGA